AUGACACCACCACCGUUAAAUAAAAUAGAAGAUGAAGACGAAAACCGCUAUCUACGCAUUAAAAAAGAAAUUCUGGAAGACGACGGAAAACUUAACAUAUCAAAUCAAGAGCCGAAAUGUCAAAUCAACAUCAAUAACAAUAUACUACCAGAAAAUCUUACCGCAAAGCGACAUGAGGCUGUAACCUCACCUACAAGAGAUGGUGCACAAAACAUCUCCAGUGAUGAACAUAAUGGAGACUAUAUACCAGAAGAAGCCGAAGUGCCAAUUGAUAAGGAUAACCCACUCAAAUGCACAGCAUGUGGCGAGAUAUUUCAAAACCACUUCCAUCUUAAAACUCAUUAUCAGAAUGUACAUCUUAAGCUACAUCACAAGUGCAAUAUAGAUGGCUGCAAUGCCGCAUUUCCUUCAAAGAGAAGCAGAGAUCGCCACAGUUCAAAUUUAAAUCUUCAUAGGAAACUGCUAUCCACUAGUGAUAAUCAUCAUUUAGAUCCGCUUCCCGAACCAAUAAACGCAAACAAUAACAAAAAUCAAAACUCGCAAAGUGCUCCUAGUGUCUUAUCUAACACUAUACAAGCCGAAUUCCUGGCACGUUUGUACGCCAGUUCACACAGCUUACCACCACUGAAUUUUGAAUCACUGAAGCAACAUUUCCCAAAUGUACCACAUUCUGGACAUGCACAUACGUUUCCUGAAACGUUCAUUAGUGAUCCACGUUUGUUGCUAAAUCAUCCUGGCAAUUCACUUCUUUUUCCAGGUUUAACUGGUCUUCCGGGGUUUCCCCAUCUCGCACCACAUAUACUUGCCUCACCAUUUAAUGGUUUAAACCCAUUCUGUCGACGUUCGUCUACUGAUUCACACUCCCCGCGCUCAUUAACACCACCUAUUACGACAAGAUCGCCAAGUAAUACUUCAUUAGGAGGCCCAUCUUUGCAGAAACUAUCUCCCAUUUAUUCUCGACACGCUUCACCAGAAAAUGAAAUACAUACUGGGUCUCCAACGGCAUCCAUUGAAAAAUCAAGCUCACUUCCACAUCAAUUUGGCAAUCCAAAUCUCCACCACCAGAGACACACACCUGACCGCAUUUCAUGA